AGUCGUUGUGCAUACAUUAGUUUCAGCAGUCAUCAACCUUAAAUAAAAUCACUCCGUACAGGGUGCAUACAUACUUAUCUACAUAUAUACAUAAAUACGUUUACGUAGUUUAAAGUCUAUAAUUAACGAAAUAGUUUCGUGAAUAUUUAAUCAGCUUCAAAUACAUAUAAUACAAUUUGAGGAGAACUACAUAUUCAAAAAUUGGAAAUAUUCACCCGUCUCGUCUGGUCCAAAUAGUUUGGAGGUGGUACAAAAUUUUGGUAAAUGGAUUUGCAACCAAGGAAGGAAUGGAAAUGUUCCAAGUGUUCAAAAACCUUCAAAUCAAGGCAGAGUUUUACCAGGCACGUCAAGACGCACAACCCCGAAGCCAAAUGCAAGAUAUGUGGGAAAAUUUCGAAAAACCCAGGUGCCUUGUCUCAACACAUGAAAAGACUUCACACCAACCGCAAGCGGACACGGCCCAGUUGCGACAUUUGCCGCAGGGUGUUUUAUGACUCCAGCACUUUACGGAAACACACAAAUACCGUCCACAGCACGAGUGAACGACCCCGUUUGCCAUGUGGAUUUCCCGGCUGUGAGAAAACCUUUUUAAACAUGAGACACAUUUCGCGACACGUAAAUAGUGUCCACACCCAGAACCCGGUCCGAUUUCCGUGCACACUUUGCGAACAAGACUUCAAUUCGAGGGGUGAACUUGAGCAACAUAUUCACACCCACACGAUGGAGAAACCGUACAAAUGUGGUACUUGUGGGAGGAAUUUCGCCCACAGGGGAAGCCGGAGAACCCACGAGAAGACGCAUUUGCACAAAUCCACCCGAGACGUGUUACAGUGUCACAUUUGUCCUAAGACUUUUUUAAGCAGAGGUGCUCUACAAGUCCACAUCCGAAUUGUGCAUGAUAAUCAGAGGAAUUUUCCGUGCCCAUUUUGUGACAAGAGAUUUUCUUUCCCAUCAAGCUUGAAGAUUCACGUGGAGGCGAUACAUGUCACGAAUAAAGAGCCGAUCUAUUCCUGCGACAAGUGUGAGUACCAGAGCCACUCGAAAGCCAAUUUGGCCAGUCAUAGGGGGCGUCACCACAAUCCUACGAAACAUGGAUGUUACUUCUGUGAAAAAAAAUGCCUCAUGUUUUCCGACUUGGUCAGCCAUUGUAGAGUUCAUACUAUGGAAAAGUUGAGAUACUUACGAAUGUCGUGGGCGUAUCAAUAAUUUGGGUAAUUUUGCUAAAUUUGUGACAUUAGAGGAAAAGAUUUUGUAGAAAGCUAUGGGAUUUUAGUUAGAAAUUUAUCUUGUCAUGAUUCCAGGAUUUUAUAAAAAUAAAAAUAAUUAACUAAAAAUAA